UACAGAAGGAAUAAUAAGUGGCACUUAUACACGUAUUGUUAUGGUGAUGUGAGCAGGAUGAGUGAUUCCGAGGAGGAGACGGCGGAAAAACAGCUCCGGUUGGUCGUUGUGGGCGACUGUGGCGUUGGAAAAACGAGUUUAGUGAGGAGGUUCUGUUUUGACGAAUUUUCAAGACAAUACACGCAAACUAUCGGUGCUGAUUUUUAUAUAAAACGUCUAAUUUUGCCUGGUAAACAUGAAAUUACCAUCAGAAUUUCCGAUUUGAGUGGCGGUGUUGAUCUUAGGGGCCCCAUGGUUAAAAAUUACUUAUUCAAAGCUAAUAUGGUCAUACUUGUCUACGACAUUACAAACUCGACAAGUUUUGAAAACAUGUCUGUUUGGAUUAGAGCAGUUUCUGAAGCUGUUAGUAACUCAGUCACUUGUGCCAUUUUCGGCAAUAAAAGUGAUGUGGAACAUAGCAGAGCUGUCCGACUGGACAAAACCAGACAAUUUCAAAUAGAAAACAAUCUUUUAGGUUACAUAGUUUCCGCCAAAACUGGAGAGGCAGUGAAUGGUUCAUUAUCGGAAUUAAUAGGAAAGCAUUUUGGUAUUUGCCUCUCAAAAUUAGAAAAAGAGAAACAGGCUCCCGUUGUACGAGCUGAACUUAUCGUACCUUCGACUGAUAGAUCUAAAAGUGCGGUCGUUCAAACAAAUACUUCGGUUUGCUCGUUACAGUGAAGUUGUCUUUCCAUAAUUUGUACUGUAAUACAAAAUAAAACAUAUACUUCACUC